AUGUGUUGGAAUGUUAGGGGUUUGGGUAGGAGGGUGAAAGCUCGAGCAAUUAGGAGGUUUGUUCAGGAGAAAAAGCCUACAAUUUUAUUUUUACAAGAAUCUAAACUGGAAGUUGCAAGUCCUUUGUUAGUAAGGAAAAUGGGGGGUAAAAUACUCACUGGUGCAGUAGUAGUUCCUGUUGUGGGUUCUGUUGGUGGUUUAAUAACAUUGUGGAAUCAAAAGGAUUUUGUGGUGAAGGAAGAAGUCAUCCACAGUAGAUUUGUGGCAGGGUUAAUGGAAGGAGUUCAAGGAAUUUGUUGUUUUAUUAAUGUAUACGGUCCGAGUGUUGAUGCAGACAAGGAGCAGUUUUUUAGGGAGUUAUCAUCCUUUUUGGAACAGCUUGAUUGCCCAGUGUGUUUAGGAGGAGAUUUCAAUGCAGUAUUGACUCAGGAAGAGAAAGAUGGAGGAGCAGUGAAUCCGGUAUCUGUGAACAGUUUCAGAGAUUUUGUUAGUCAGACGAAUUUGAUUGAUUUGCCGUUUAUUUGGAGGUCGUUUUACGUGGUGUAA